UUUUAUUCCUACAAUGGUCGAGCGUCUGGAGUCAGAUUAUGCUACUGUCGGAUUGAUAUGUAGCUUGCCUGCAACAUCUAUGUACCUCUUAAGUCCUUUUGUAACACUUGUUCUGAAGAAGAUCAACCAUCGUGUUGUCGCUAUGCUAGGCGGAGUGUUGUGUGGAUCAUGUAUUAUUGCCAGCGCUUUCUUCAAAAACUCAGUUACUGUAGGAGUCUGUCUCGCUUUAUCAGGUGUUGGCUUGUCAAUGACCUACAUGCCAACAGUGAUUGCACUGAAUGAUUUCUUCAGAGAAAAAUUCGUUUUGAUGAACACAAUCACGUUGUACGGCUACACCACUGGAUCCAUGCUGCUCCCUAUUAUAAUGGAACGGUCAUUCGAAGCAUAUGGCUAUGUAGGGGCUUUUAUUAUCCUUGGCGGUAUUGCUUUUAACCUUUUCGCGUGCGGUGCAACGAUACGCAAAGCACCAAAAAACGCAGCUACAAAUGAAGGCAGAAGUGAUAAUGAAGUAAAAGAGAAACAGAAGUGUCUCUCUAAAGGAGAGCCUUCAAUGCAAACAGAAGGCAUCUGUUAUCGCGAGGAGGAGGAGGAAGUGGAAAGAGAGGAGGAUAAGGAGGAAGAUGAUAGUGAAGAGUGCGUCUUAGAGAAAAGGCGUUUGAUUCAAAACGAGAGACGUAACACCAGUACACAGGAAACAUCCCCGAAUGCGCGCUCAUCUUGGACAAGCUCCGCCUUUCAAACCGGCAAACGGUUCUGUGGAAUAUUAAACGAACCACUCUAUCUUUUCACCAUCCCGAUUAAUUUCUUGUGCCUUUUCUCCAUGUAUUCGUGGAUGCUGUUUCUGGUCCCCCACGCUGAACACCUGGGAAUCCCUCCUUCCAAAGCUAUCUUCCUCUCCACAAUUGGCGGCAUAGGUGGCAUCAUCGGUCGGACCAUCUUCAUCAUCCUCGUCGGCAAAGGCAUCAAUGUUUAUGUCGUCUACAUCGCCAUAGGCUUUUUCGGCACGGCAUCAUUUCUGCUGGACUUAAUCAGUUCUUCUUACGCGGUGCGGGCUUCCUUGGCUUUUGUCCAAGGUUUCACCUUCUUCACCGAGGAUGCUAUUGCGGGCAGUUUAUUCAAAGAUACAGUAUAUGACAAUCGGAAUUUUAACAUGGCCAUGGCUCUCAGUUUAUUCGCGGAAGGACUAGGGUCGACAUGUGCAGGAACACUUACAGGUUAUCUGUUUGAUGUCACCCAGUCAUUCACGAAGGUGUUCAUCAUCGUUGGCUUCAUCCACGCCGUCAUGGUCGUUCAUCUCUUCAUCGUAUCAAUCCUCAUCAAGAGACGACGACAAGAUAGCAGUUGUGGUUGUGAUCGCUGAGGUUGAAGCAGAAACUUCCCCAUAUCCUCCUUCCUUUUGAAAUCUUUCAGGGAGGUGCCCUGAAGACGUUAAUACCGACCAACCUAUUGCUUUCAUGACAUUGGUUACUAAUGGCUAUUAGUAUACAAAUAAUACACAUCAGUAUAACUGUAUUUCCAUGAUUUAGACUAUGAUUUUACUAAUGAUCGGUCAUUAGAAGUGGAUAGUGACCGGUCAUUAUCCAAAUUACGCGUUAGGCAAAAUAAAUGCCUGGUCAAGUGUACGCUUUUAACCAAUCGUUUAAUUAGGACUCACGUCAUCAUCUUAUAAUAAGGGCUAAUAGUAAUAACUAACUGUGUGUCCAUGAAUUUUUUAGACUAUCUGUUGUUAUUGUUAUUAGUAUACAAAUGUAACAUGAUACUGGUUAUUGGUCAUGUAUGAUUCAGGAGUUUACCUUCUGAUUACUUCAAAACUUUUACUCAGGGUUUCUAUACUUCGCCAAGUUUUUGGAGCAUUUUGUAUUUAAACCUUGGUUUUAUUUAGACGACUUAUUAAUACCUUUAACGGGAAAAAGGAAAGAAGUUCGGAACAGAUCGUGACUGGCUGUUUGCCUGACACAGUAGUGGCCAGAUUUUCUUUGGGUUCAGGUCUGUCAAGGUAUCAUCAUGUUGACCUUGUGCCUGGGCGCGGCUUAGUGGUUGGUAAGUAAUGAUUUAUAAUAGCUAACUGUAUUCCCAUGAAUCUAGAACAUUUAUUCGUUAAUUUUGGGGUAUGCACAUUGAAAGUGGCCCUGGAUAAAGGCUUUGUUUAACUUAGGAGUUUACCCUCAACAUUCCUUUCAAACUUAUACUAAAGGUUUCUCACUCUGUCAUAUUUUUAGAAAAUUUUGUCAAGGUAAA